UAAUUAGACACGAAGUCAAAUAUGUUACAAACAGGUUUAAAUUUAUAAGCAUCAAUGUCUCGACGUGUGUGUUAGAAAUUUUCCAUUGGACAAAGCAUGCUUCUGUUUUUCUAUAUGCAAUUUCAAAUUUACGUGUCAAGCGUCUAAUGUGCACGCGUUUGAUAUGUGCAUAUUUAAAAAUCACGUAUAGAAAACUAAAAAUGCGCGUCGUCAUUGUGUCGUUUAAUAAAUGUUUUAUCAUACGAUGAACCGACAAAACAAUUCGUACGUACAAAAGGAAGAAGACUAUAUUAUAAAGCAAUGUUAACAACCAAAUAUUUUUUGCGUGUAACAUGACAUCUAAAAAUGUUUAUUAGCCUCAGGCUUUUAAAUAUUCCUUGGCAAUUCGAAUGAUCUCGAUGGGGAAAAUGUUUUUCGCCGAUAUUUUGACGAAGCUGCCUCAAUCGUGCUCGAAACAAUAUCGUUUAUAUGUAAACGUCGAUGUUCAAUUUGUCCAUUUAUUUUACGGCAAUGUGACACAAGAAAAUUUCGGCUUGUUGCAUCUUGUAAAAUUCCUUGUAUUUGUUCAAUUUUCUGGAGAAUUAGAAUCAACAGAAUCAUGGAUUAACGAUAUAUGAACCGAGCUUACAUAAACGUUCAUUAAUUCGUCAUUGCUGCCAAGUUUGAGGACGAUAGAACCAUGGUGAGCGACUCGGCAAGAGUUCUAGCGCUAGUCAUUACGGCAAUAAAGAAUCUUCGCGAGCUGAAGGGCUCGACGUCUCGAGAAAUUUUACAUUAUCUCUCGUCGGUGUACGAUAUUCCGCCAACUGUUGCACGUCGUCAAAUGCUGACCGCCUUGAAACGCGGCGUGGCAUACGGCAUCCUAAAGAAGAAUGGUGGCCAUUACAUUCUGCCAACGAACGGCGACAUAAAAUGCCAAGAAAUCGCCGAACAGGAGGUGAAUCUGUUGGAUGCCUGUCGCAGAACCAGUAGGCAAAGGAAGAUGGGCUGUAAAUGUAAAAGGAGUCGGCGUAGACGUAGACGUAGGCGGAGAACAUUCUGCAGAUGCAAGCCAAGACGAAGACGAAGCAGAAGGAGAGUAAGAGGACGAGCUAGAAGAAGAAGAAGGAGGAGGAGAAAGUGUCGAUGUGGUGGUUUAGGAAGAAUUCGAAGAAAAGCUGAUUCAGAUAGAACGAAAAGGACCGAGACACUGCAACAGGCAGUCGAGAAGUUUUCCAGUAAGAGAUCGUUCGAACCGUCGAAGACUUAUGACUCCGCGGCCAGCGAGAAAACCUCUUUGUCCAGUAUUUCCUCGGUAACGGAUUAGAAAUGUUCAAUGUAGCGCUAGAAGAUAUAAUGAUAUCAGUAAAAGAACAACAUUAAAUUAUCGUUGUUUAUGUGAAGAAUAAAGGUCUGAAGAAAUAGGAUAUUGGUUACAAAAUGUAUUCUUUGAAGAUCGAUCAUUUUC